UUUACGUUGUUACUCGUUGUAUGCUGAUUUCUACUGGACCGGCUUCAUAAACUGCACACUUAACGAACAGGCAUUGCGAACACCGACAUGGCCGCUGCUGUCCCGAACUCAGAGGACGCAGGCAGAAGCAGUGGUCCGACCACGGCCAGCGUUCUAGCGGGGGACGGGGAGUCUGAGGAGGCAGAGGAGUUCGCGUCUGCAACCCACUGCUCAGAGCUCUCCCGCCGGCAGAACGAGCAGCGGAAGCUCGGGCUCUUCUGUGACGUGACUCUGGCAUUCAGCAGCGCGACCAGUAGUGACUUCGAGUUCACAGCGCACCGCUCCGUCCUAGCCGCGGCAACCGACUACUUUACGCCGCUACUAGGGGGACAGUUUUCGGAGUCGGUUUCGCGGCGGGUGGAGAUGAAGGAGUGGAGCAGCGAGGCAGGCCUCGACCGAGAAACGGUAGAGAGCGUCAUCCAGUUCAUGUACACGGGCGAGAUCCGUGUAAGCACCGCGAACGUACAUGAGGUUUUGGAGCUGGCAGACAGGUUUUUGCUGGUGCAGUUGAAAGACUUUUGUGGGGAGUUUCUGAAGAGGAAGCUUAGCUUAGGCAAUUGCGUGGCUGUCCAUAGCUUGGCACACAUGUAUACUUUGGAUCAGCUGGCCUUGCGUGCUGCUGACAUGAUAAGGCGCAACUUCCACAAAGUAAUCCAAGAUGAGGAAUUUUACACACUACCAUUCCACCUGGUCAGAGACUGGCUGUCUGACGCAGAGAUUACAGUUGACUCAGAAGAGAUUCUGUUUGAUGCUGUGGUCAAAUGGGUUCAAAAGAACUCAGAAGAGCGUGAGAAGUAUUUUGAAGAGCUCUUCCGCCUCCUCCGCUUGUCACAGAUUAAGCCAACCUAUCUUACAAGAAUUGUGAAAAAUGAACCUUUGGUGAUACAAAAUGUGGCCUGCCUACAGCUUGUUUCAGAGGCUGUGGAGGGUCAUGCUAUCCGCUUUGAGAACCUCAAAUCCACUGAUACAGAGUUCUGUGCUUCGUACAUGGCCACCUUCCAGCCAAGGUUUGGCCAGAACAUGGAUGUCAUAAUGGUGGUUGGUGGUGUGUCUGAGGGAGGUGACUACCUAAGUGAGUGCGUAGGUUAUUUUGUGUACGAGGAUCGAUGGAUCAAUCUGCCACACAUUCACAACCACUUAGAUGGUCAUGCUAUUGCAGUUACUGAUAUGCAUGUCUAUGUGGCAGGGUCAAUGGAACCAGGAUUUGCCAAGACUGUGGAACGCUACAAUCCAAUUCGCAAUACCUGGGAACAAGUGAGCAAUCUUACCACACGUAAGCAUUCCUUUGGACUCACAUGCAUCAAAAAUGUUCUAUAUAGCAUUGGUGGACAUGGCAACUUCAGCCCUGGAUUCAAAGAUGUGAGUGUCUAUGAGCCUGAACAGGACAAAUGGCACAACUUAGAGUCAGCCCCCAAAAUUUUGAGAGAUGUCAAGGCCAUUAGUGUUGAAGAUCGAUAUGUUUAUGUCACGGCACGAACACCUGUAGACACUGACAGUGAUGACGGAUUGAAAACCGUCACUACUCGUUAUGACACUGACAGUCGGCAAUGGCAAGAGGUGGACUCCCUACCACUUAUUGAUAACUACUGCUUGUUUCAAAUGGCUGUAGCAUCCACUAACUUUUACCAUACUGCUUCCUGCUGUCCCAAGAGCUACACCAAUGUACGGGACGAUGUAGCUAGACAGAAAAUUAGCACAAGGAUCUCCGAUGAUAUUCUUGAGAGCCUUCCCCCAGAGGUUACUAGUAUUGAGGGUGCUGCUAUCUGCUAUCUUGGUGAUGAUGUGUUUGUAAUUGGUGGCUGGAAGAACAGUGAUGAUGUGGAUAAGCAGUAUCGCAAAGAGGCAUAUCGUUAUUGUGCUGAACGCAAGCGUUGGAUGCUUCUGCCACCCAUGCCCCAACCACGCUGCCGUGCAACAGCAUGCCACGUGCGCAUUCCCUAUCGGUUUCUUUAUGGGUGCCAGCGAUAUCCAAUGCCACAAAAUUUGGCACGGCAGAGGGAUCGCAUGCAACAAAUGCAGCAGUUACAUCGUCGGACAUUAACCCUGCGCAGGCAGCUACAAUCACAAAUUGAAUGCUGAAAGUCUUUAAAUCUCCACUGGGAGAGGUGCUGAAAUUAAGAAAACAUUAUGUCAUUAACAUUCCCUUUAUCCUGUUCUUCAGUGUGUUAUUUGUAUGUGUUGUGACUUUUGUCACAGAGGGUGUGCUUAAAUUGGAUAAAGAUGAUAAAGAGAAUGUGACUUAAAUGGAAUUGUAUGAAAAAUGGAUACAUCUUUACGUAGGGCUAAGCAAUAUGUACUUGCAUAUAACUGAUGUUGUGUUAACCCAUGUUGUCAACCAUAUCCUUAGCUUUGCAGAAUAUAGAGUGUUUAGUUUCAUGUCUACACUCUUAAAAAUAAAGGUGAUUCCCAGUGCCAUAUAAUAACCUUUUGAAUGAUUCUAUAAAGAACCUUUAACACAAAAGCUCUAAUAAAGCACACCUGAACAACUAAUCAAGGUCUAAAGAGUCACCUGUUUUAUCAGGGUUGGAACUAAAAUCUGCAUGACAUCGCCACUCCAGAACCGACGUUGCCUACCCCUGCUUUAGAUUCUAAAGCAAAAAAGCUUUUUUAAAAAACCUUUGGCUAAAUGGUUCUUUGAGGAACCAAAAUGGUUCUUCUAUGGCAUCACUGUAAAGAACCUUUUAAGCACCUUUAUUUUAAAGAGUGUAGCCUGUUUCACUCAUGGUUACUCUUUAGUUUUCUUCAGAUGUUGCUAGGAAAUGCACACAUGUAGACGUUAUGUGAUAGUAUUGAUUAAUUUAACAGCAUGAGUAAAAAUGUUCCAAGGUCAACAUUGUUGUUUACAGAUUUUACCGUGAUCAGUUUAAUAUCUUUUUAUUACUCAGCCCUAUUUUCAUGUCAAAUGCCAUUUCUUGGCCUUAAGCUGGUAUGCGCUUGCCUUGUCAAUAUGCUGCAACUGCCAACAGUGGAAAUUAUUUCAUCUUUUAGUGUUGCUGGUUUUUUUUUUUCAAAGUGGGGGUCCCAUCCUAGUGUUAUUCAACAUAGCAACAAAUCAGCACUUGCAAAAUUGGCACAAAGGUAAACACUUAAUUAUGUUUUCUUUCUAAAUUCUUUGUUGUAAUACUUUGCAAUUGUUUUAAAGAAGGAAUGCAAUACAAUUACAGUCCAUUUAAAGAAUGUAUUUGAUAUCUGCAUUGAUCACAGCUUCAGUAACUAUAGCCACUCAAUAUCAGCACUAUGCCUCAACUUAAUAAUUUUUUUUUUUUUUUAAUUUAUUAUUAUUGAGAUUUUUCUACUUUGAAAGCACAAGAAAUUACAAUGUCAUAUGUUAAUGACCUUUAUUAUUAAAUGAAUAGUUCUCCAAAAAACAAAUUCACAUGUGAUUUACUCACCUUUAUGCCAUCCCAGGUGUAUGAGAUUUAGUUUUUUAGCCAAAUGUUACAAAAAUAUUUUAUAAAACACGCAGUCUCAGAAAACAAAAUGUUGACAACCGAAAGAGCACAUCUGAAGUAAAAAUAUAUUCUUUAUGUAAUUUAAAUUGAAGACAAAUUACCAUUUAGAUCAAAUAUUGUGUAUUAUUUAUUUUUGGAACACACAUUUAAGAUAUUGUUAUUGAAAUCCCAGAGCUUGGACUGACAGCAAUCCAACUACCAUGUUUAAGGCCCAGAGAGGCAGUAAAAAUAAUAGUCCUGUUGUUAAAAUGUGUCUGCAAUGGUUUAUUCUCCAUUUCAUGAGCAAAAAACAAGCAAACACUUUUACAUUACACAUUUUCAUCUAUUUUGUGUCAGUUUCCAAUGGGCAUUCACACGCGUGUAGGGAACUCUGACGUCCAGCACCGCACAUGCCUCGUGUAAACCAGCUCCUGUGUUGAGCACAAUGAAGGUCCAAUGUUACUCCUAUAAAACGAGGUACUUAUUAUUGAACCAAACUAAAUAUCAGAUUACAACUUGUCCAUAGAUGGUUGCACUGUUGUGCCGUCUUCUGCUGUCAAGAAACUAGAUGUGAUGUUUGAUAGCAUCAAUAGUCAUAUUUCCAACACGUGCCCCCCAGCAUUCUUCUAUCUUAAAACUACGACAUCUGCUAUCCAGUGUUGGGAACGUUACUUUAAAAAAGUAAUUAGUUAUAGUUACUAAUUACUUCUCACAAAUAGUAACUGAGUUAGUAACUGUGUUACAUCAUAAUAAAAGUCACUAAUUACAAGGGAAGUAAUUACUGCGUUACUUAAAAAUUUUUUAAUAUUUCAAAUAACUUGGAUGCCCCUUAAAAUUAAAUAUGUUAAAUGAACAAAAUGGAUACUAAAGAGAAACCACUAAUUUUGUGGAAGCAUGUGAUGUGAGGUGCUUUAUUAGAUCAGAAUUACUUGCCACAGACGUGGAGAGACUUUUCUUCCUGGGCAUAAUUUGCACAUUACACAAACAUUCUUGCCUUUCACAUCAACAAUGGAAAAGUAGUGCUUAUUACACUUCGUGUUUGCAACCGCUACACCUUUAAGCUCAUUGUAUUUGCCAUCGCCCUGUCGCUGGUGUGUUCUGAGUGAUUGCUGCGCGAUGACUGGGCUGCCUGUCAGUGCUUCGUUUGAGAUGGGGCACAGCAGCAGCAGCCGCUGCUCGUUGAGAAGAGAGAACGACGCGUGUUUUCAUUCAUCAGUCUACAAAAGUCUUCAACCACGCCAGAAAAGAUCGCUAGAUUUGUCCUAUAAAGUCGCUAAAGUGAUAGAAAGUUGCUAAAUCUAGCGACUCAGUGACCAAGUUGCUCAGACUUGUUUACACUGCUCGGAUUCAGACUGUGCGUGCUUGCCUUGUGCGUGAACUCUGCCACUGGUUGGCUAACGCUGGAAGUUAAGCCAAUCAUCAUCAGCUAUGUGGUUGUCCCACCCCCUCUAACACGCGCACACCAAUCAUCAUCAGUUAUGUUUCUCCCAACACACACACAAGAGAAAAACUGUGUCUGGCUGAGAGAGCGAGCAUACACGGGUGAAAAUCACUUCAGUGAGUUUAAUUUUAGUAAUGCGCAUCAUUUUAAUGUAAGUAACGAUAACGGCGUUAUAACGGGGGAAACAGUAAUUUAUUUGAUUACUCGUUAGUGAAAAAAAUAACUCCGUUAGUAACGCCGAUUACUUAUAACGCCGUUAUUCCAAUCACUGCUGCUAUCUAUGUCAGAUGCUGAGAAGCUUAUCCACACGUUCUCCUGAGUUGGCUUUGUAACUCAUUACUGCACUGUAAAAAAUAAAAUGCUGGAUUUACUUAAAGGGGACAUAGACUGAUUGAACGGGGUAUUAUCCUUGUUCUGUGAUGUGACAUGUAGACAAAUAUUUUUUGUUAAGGUCUGUAAUGCCUUAGAAGCUUCCUAAAAACCUCUCCCAGAUAGCUCUAUUAGUGUGGUGGAUUUUAAACAAGUGGUUUUGCACCUAUUUGGCUCCCCCUACUGGCUUAACUUGCAAUCUCAUUACUGAUUGGCUGACUUUGCUGCCACUCAAAAAAUGUAGCCAAUUAUUUUAAAGUGGAGGGGCAGUGAGAUGCCUGUGAUGUCAUAAGCAUCAGUUUUUCAGAUUGGGCUGUUUUCUGGCUGACAUUUCUAAAAGAGGAAUUUCUAUGAGACUGAGAUGUUUAGCAUGUCUAGCACUUUUUGUAUGUUCAUGAA